AAUGGGCUUUAGGUUUAUUUAAUCAGGAGAGCAUGUGACAGCAGAUUCAUCAGCCGCGCUUCAAGAUUUGUUUUGGUAACUGCAUGAAAGAAAAGAUCAACAAGCCUGAGAAGCUGGACAGGCCUGAGAGCUGUGACAAUGUCAAGGUGGUGGUUCGGUGCCGGCCCCUCAACGACCGCGAGAAAGCCACAGGCUACAAAAUGGCUGUGAACGUGGAUGAGAUGAGAGGGACCAUAACUGUGCAUAAAACAGACUCCUCCAACGAGCCUCCCAAGACAUUUACAUUUGACACAGUGUUUGGACCAGAGAGUAAACAGCUGGAUGUCUAUAAUUUAACUGCAAGACCUAUCAUUGACUCUGUCCUAGAGGGAUACAAUGGUACUAUUUUUGCAUAUGGGCAGACUGGAACAGGCAAAACUUUCACCAUGGAAGGGGUCCGAGCAGUUCCUGAGCUCAGAGGCAUCAUUCCCAAUUCCUUUGCUCAUAUAUUUGGUCACAUUGCCAAGGCAGAGGGGGACACAAGGUUCUUGGUUCGUGUCUCUUACCUGGAGAUUUACAAUGAGGAAGUGCGGGACCUGCUGGGAAAGGACCAGACACAGAGGUUAGAGGUUAAAGAGAGACCUGAUGUGGGAGUUUAUAUCAAAGACCUCUCAGCUUAUGUCGUAAACAAUGCAGAUGAUAUGGACAGAAUCAUGACUCUGGGCCACAAGAACCGCUCUGUUGGUGCCACAAACAUGAACGAGCACAGCUCUCGCUCCCACGCCAUCUUCACCAUCACCAUCGAGUGCAGCGAGAAGGGCGUGGAUGGCAACAUGCACGUGCGCAUGGGCAAGCUGCACCUCGUGGAUCUGGCUGGCUCUGAAAGACAGACAAAAACUGGGGCCACAGGGCAGCGACUGAAGGAAGCCACCAAGAUCAACCUGUCCCUUUCCACCCUGGGGAAUGUCAUCUCUGCGCUGGUGGAUGGCAAGAGCACCCACGUGCCGUACCGGAACUCCAAACUGACACGGCUCCUCCAGGACUCCCUGGGGGGCAACUCCAAAACCAUGAUGUGUGCAAACAUCGGCCCGGCAGACUACAACUACGACGAGACCAUCAGCACUCUCAGGUAUGCAAACAGAGCCAAGAACAUCAAGAACAAGGCCAGGAUUAAUGAGGAUCCCAAGGAUGCUAUGCUCCGCCAGUUCCAAAAAGAAAUCGAAGAGCUUAAGAAAAAACUGGAGGAAGGGGAAGAGAUAUCUGGUUCUGAGACCAGUGAUUCCGAAGAGGAGGAUGAAGAUGACGAUGGGGAGAUUGGAGAGGACGGGGAGAAGCGGAAGAAACGGCGGGGCAGUAGCAGCAGCAGUAGUUCAGACUCCACAUGCUCUGUCAUAGAGAAACCUCUGGAUAAGUCCUUCACUAAUCAAGCAGGCAAAAAAAAAGUUUCCCCUGAUAAGAUGGUAGAGAUGCAAGCAAAGAUUGAAGAGGAGAGAAAAGCUCUUGAAACUAAACUUGAUAUGGAAGAAGAAGAAAGAAAUAAAGCCAGAGCUGAACUGGAGAAGAGAGAAAAAGACUUGCUUAAAGCUCAGCAAGAGCACCAGUCCCUGUUGGAGAAACUGUCUGCAUUGGAGAAGAAGGUGAUUGUGGGAGGAGUGGACUUGCUGGCAAAAGCAGAGGAGCAAGAAAAGCUUCUGGAGGAAUCAAACAUGGAACUGGAAGAACGAAGGAAGAGAGCAGAGCAGCUUCGCAAGGAGCUCGAGGAGAAGGAGCAAGAGCGCUUGGACAUUGAGGAGAAGUACACCAACCUCCAGGAGGAAGCACAGGGGAAAACCAAAAAGCUGAAGAAAGUCUGGACCAUGCUCAUGGCUGCAAAAUCAGAGAUGGCAGAUCUGCAACAGGAGCAUCAGAGAGAGAUUGAAGGGUUGCUGGAGAACAUUCGGCAGCUGAGCAGGGAGCUCCGUCUGCAGAUGCUCAUCAUAGACAACUUCAUUCCUCAGGACUACCAGGAAAUGAUUGAGAACUACGUUCACUGGAACGAAGACAUAGGAGAGUGGCAGCUGAAAUGUGUGGCAUAUACAGGAAACAAUAUGAGGAAACAGACACCUGUCCUGGAUAAAAAAGAGAAAGAUCCCUUUGAAGUGGACCUUUCCCAUGUUUACUUAGCUUACACUGAAGAAAGCUUGAGGCAAUCCCUGAUGAAGCUGGAGAGGCCGAGGACUUCAAAAGGAAGAUCCAGGCCCAAGACGGGUAGAAGAAAACGUUCGGCCAAGCCAGGAGCUGUCAUUGACUCCCUGCUGCAGUAGUGUGACCUGGUCAGAAUUCCUGUAAAAAUCAGUGAGUGUAUGUGGUUUGGCCAGAACAUGAAAUUCAAGAGAUGGCACAGUUUAACAUGGCUAUAAUUUUUUAUUUAAAAAAAAUGUAUUUUUCCUUAGUUGCCUGUAUAUUGUAUGUUAUAUUAACAUAAUAUUAAACUGGUAUAUAUGAUGGUUGUGAAAUUCCAUGUGUUAAACGUGUUGUGCAGGGAAACUUGUUGGCAAUCCUUGUUGAAAUGUAUAGAAAUAAGGGUUCUAGAUGUGUGUUUAAGUGCUAGAUAUGUUAGUUCUAAACAGUUAAUGAAAUCCUAAAAUUAAGGCUGGUAGAUCUGAUUUAUGCCCUGCUUUGCACAUAACUGGCAGCUUUCACUAUUGUCCUCUGUUGCACUGAUCUGUGUUUGAAUGUGGUUGCUGCAAACCUUUAAGAGCAUCAAAUCUUUUUAUUUAAUAUUCCUCACUGUGGCUGUUAACCUGACAGUAUUGUGUAUCAAAUACACAGUCCUUUUUUGCUGUCUUGCUGUACAGAGGAAGUAACUGGAUAGGAAAAACAUGAACUACAAAAAUCUGAGACAUCUGAGAAGGGACCAUGCUCUGUUGAAGUGCAGCAGAAAUCAAGUGUGUCUAGUAAUGCUUGUAUUUUUAUCAGUUUGUGUGGGAUCUGCUGGCACUGUGGAGAAUGAGACCUUAGAUAUGAAGGCAAAAGAGAGCUUUUUUCCUUCUUUUAAGGCUGCGUUGCAGCAUUGCUUUGGCUACUUUUUGUGCUUGGGGGCUGGAAUUUUAAAAUGUAUGUGAGCAGUUUUGUAAUCUGAGCAGCAGAGGUGAUUUCAGGGGUGCUGUAACCCCAGGACUGGGUGUCAGCAGAGGGGGUUUCAGGGGUGCUGUGACCCCAGGACUGGGUGCCAGUUGUGGGACUGUGAGCACUGUGACUGCAUUUUUUCAUCCCUGGCUCUAGGCCAGUGCUCUACACUGAGGAUGAAUUUGACUCUUCUGCAGUCAAACAGGAGGAAUUGCCCAGUUUUCCCAGAGCAGUAACAUCCCCUGAAAUAGCUGCUGCUGUCUGUGCUCCUGUGUAGGCUGUGCUGGGUCUCUGGCUAUGCUCUGAUGAGAGGAGAAAAAUUCUGGUCUCUGAUAAUAACCAUUUGUUUGUGAUGGCUGCUCUUUUUCUUUGAUAUUUAUGCUGCUAAUAGACACAUAUCACUUUGAUACAUUGCUUUUGUGUCACAGAGAAAAUGUAUCUCCUUUUGACUGUGUGUGCUUCAUAACUCAUCACUUCAGCUCGUGGGCACCUCAGUAGCUCCUGUGCCAUGGAGGGGGAUGAACUCUGACCUCCCUGGCAUCUUGGGGUUACCUGGAGGAUCAAAAGCUGUGAUUGCUGACAGGAGAAAUGGAAUCCUUCAGUGUGACAGAGCACAAGACAGCUCCUCAGGUGUCCUGAGUCCUUGCUCUGCAGUUACCAGUGUGCUCUUGUUAGAAGCCCUGAUGCCUUGGGCCUCUGUAACAGUUCUGUGACAGGAUCUGGAAUAGUUAAAACUGGUCUUGAAAGGGCAUAUUUUACUCUGAAUGGUAUCUUCAGUGCUAUUCUAAACGAGUUGUAAGUUUUUUCCCUGUUUUUUUAAUGUGUUUUUUUGGGGAUCAUGACCUAGAAGAACGUACUGCUCUCUUUUGGGGGAGGAGGUGUCACCUAAGUUCAUAGAACACACAGACACUGGCAUUUGUUUUCUCUAGCCUAGCCCUUAGAGGUAAAUGCUCAGUCUUUCUUAAUCUGAGCUGCAGUUGGUCUUGCUUGUGAAGAGCUGGCUGUAUUUUGAACAUCCUUGAGUAGAGUUGGGUUAUCUUGUGUUUCAUCCUUCUCAUCAAACAAAACAGACUGAAAUUGCUUCAAUGCUCUUUGAAGUCUCCUGUCAGUUCUGAGUCCAAGCAGAUAAAUGCACAGCUGUGACCUGUACCAGUUCUCAGGACCAGGGACAACUUGUAUUUCCUUUUUGUGUUGCCUCUUGUGCUAACAUUUUUUGAUUGAUCUGGUCUUAAGGGGAGUUUCUCCUGAACUGUGCUUUCAAAAAGACCAUUGAAAAUUCUUUUACCUGGCAGACACCAGUGGCUUCAAGAUACCACUGUGGACCAUGGCAUUGCAUUUAAAAUAUUUAAAUCUUAACUAUAAGGGCAUAUGCUUUACAAUUAAUGUUACAGUCCUGCUGCUAAAAACAAUAGUAUUCUGCAUAUUUAAGUGAGCCUUGAGACAGAAAAAACAAUAAAUAAUUGCUUGCAUGCCUUUAAUUGGCAGAUUGGAGAAACUGGUUAUCUCCUGUUACAGAGUCUUGGAGAACAAAUUAGCUGCUCUUUUAGAGGACUUUAAAUAAAGUGGAACACUGUCGUGGUCGUGUGCUCUAUCAGCUUGGCUUUCCUUUUAACUGGUGUGUUUUGCUGAAGUUCUGGGAAGUUUUCUGUAAAACCAAGGAGUCUGGCUUGCAAGGUUUACCACUUGGGCCUUCUCUGUAGCCCUGGGCCAUCUGUGAAUUUCUAAUGGGCCCAUAAUAUGUUUUGAUGAGGAAGGGAUUUGGUUUGUAUGGGUUUUUUUAAGAGCUUAAUACCACCAUUGCCAUCCCAGGUCAGUACAUGCUCUAUAGUAUUUAUCAAAACUCACAUUACAUAAUAAAUACUGUGUGCUCAUCUUUGCAUCUUGCUACCAGAAGGUUUUCCUCAUUCCAGAACAUUGACUUUAACAUUGAGGUUUCUGCUUUAUGUUGUUUAAUGUCAUGUAAAUGAAUUAUUUCAUAUUUAACUUGUUCCUGAUCCUUUAAGAGGAGGGGAAAUGGUCCUUAGUGCCUUUCACUGACUAUACUGUCUGCACAUGUCCAGCUUUCACCUUUCUCCGCAGUUCUGCUCAGCCAGGCCUGUAUAGAGGGAAAACCUGCUAGUCUGUAUAACUUGUCUUCCUAUUUAUUGGUUUUCUAACUGUUUAUUUUUGAAUAUUCUUUGUUUUAUGUUUAAAGUUAAUUCAUUAUACUGUAAAUAUCAGUAUUGUGUCCCUGGAGCAUGUUCAUACCAUGAAAUAAAAUUCUUGAUUCCUAA